AUGUGCUUUUACAGAGCGAGACAUGGUAAUGAUACGAUACAUUGGGUAAACUUCGGUACCCUAAACAGUACUCCCACACAAGGGCCGGCCAAAUACGGGGCCAUUCUGCCCCUGGUAUCAGAUAUAGGCGCUAAAAAUCAAUUAACUACAGUUAGUAGUCUAUGAACGGUUAAAUUACCGUUAGCUAGCUACAGUUAGUUCUUACCGUUUCAAACUUAUUCUUGUCGAUGUCGGUGAUUUCUCUCUGUUUUCUGCCAAAAUGUGUUAGAGAAUACAUUUCCAUGUUGGUACAUUGCACAGACGAGAAGUAAAGUUUUGUAAGUUUCCGUGGAGACCGUAUGAGAUUCACCGUUGGUUACCUGUUCUUCUUCUUCUUCUUUGGCAUCAUGGCGUUCGCACAUUUUGUUUGUUCAUGCCGCCAUCUACUGUGCGGUAGUGUGUUGUCAAUCACGUUACAUUUUGGUUACCUGUUUGAUACAGUGGUGGAAAAAGUCACCCAGUAAAAUACUACUUGAGUAAAAGUCUAAAAGUAUUUUGUUUUAAAUAUACUUAAGUAUCAAAAGUAAAUGUAAUUGAUAAAAUAUACUUAAGUAUCAAAAGUCAAAGUAAAAGUAUAAAUAAUUUCAAAUUCCUUAUGUUAAGCAAACCAGACGGAACCAUUUUCUGGUAUUUUUUUAAAAUGUACGGAUAGCCAGGGGCACACUCCAACACUCAGACAUAAUUUACAAAUGAAGCAUUUGUGUUUAGUGAGUCCGCCAGAUCAGAGGCAGUAGGGACGACCUGGGAUGUUCUCUUGAUAAGUGUGUGAAUUUGACAAUUUUCCUGUCCUGCUAAGCAUUCAGAAUGUAACGAGUACUUUUCGGUGUCAGGGAAAAUGUACGGAGUAAAAAGUACAUAAUUUUCUUUAGAAAAAUAUUUUUUUUAAAGUACAGAUACCCCAAAAAACUACUUAUAGUACUUUAAAGUAUGUUUUGCUUAAGUACUUUUUACCACUGGUUUGAUAUGUGCACAGAUUAUGCAUUAUAUUAAGCAUAUAGUCUAGUGGCCGCUCUAAAAAUGAAAAUAAAUGUCUUCAACAAUGGAAGGCAGUCAGGAGGAGGACCAUUCUAGCUAAUGAGAGGGCAGAUAUGCAUGAAAACAAACAUUUAAGAUUAGGCCAGGGGUGAAAGUAGAUUGAAUUUCUUCCCGGUACGGGACCUCCUGUUUGUGCACGCACCAAAAAUGUUUUUAAAUUGCCACCCCCUAAACUAGAAUAGUGUAGGACAGCAGGGGUAGGCAUUAGAUUUAGCCUUGGGAAAUUAUUUUUAUCUGCUAAUAGUCAAAAUAGAACAACAUAAUAGCAGCCCCAUUCAUAGGCCUACACUACAAAUUAAACAACAUUUUAAACACAUCUAUAGGCUAUAUAAUCAGUUCAAUGUCAAUAACAUAUCCUAAUAUUUUCAAUCUGAUUACACUGAUAAAAUCACAAAUGUCUCUAUUAAAUUAGUUUUUUAUAUUUCUUUGUCCGUUGAUUGUGGGGAAAACAGCUUGCAAUCAAGAGAAAAUGUCGCUCUGAAAAAGUCGCAAAAGGUGGAUAUUGAAAAUAGAAGUUUCAGGGAAAAAUGGACAGAGAAAUAGGUAUUCUUACCAUAUUUCUCCAAUGUCAAACCACAAUGUCUUGUUUGCAACUAAACGGUUGCUGUUAGCAAAUAAUCAAAUAUUACACAUCCGUAUGAAUCUAAGCUUGGCACUUUCAAGUUACCUUUCCACCCACACAGAGGCUCGACCGAGGCAGAAAAAUAUAAGCUUCAACCCAUGGCUACUCGUCUGUUCCUUAACCUAACAACAGAAGUGCUUAUAUAAAAACUCCCUGGGUUUAAACAUUUUCUCUUUUCAGAAAAUGAAAAGCUCAAUUAAUAGGGACAGAAUAGCAAAGUCAUUUUUUUGUCUCCUCGAAUACUGAAGGCCGCAGCUCAGCUUCAGAAUGUCAUAGAGAGGAAUCAAUAUAUCCCCAUAUGCAUCAGAGUCACUUAUAUUGUGGGCAUUUUAAAGCUUGUUUCUAGCAUAAGGCAUCACGGAGAUAAGUAUUGUUAUAGAACGCUUUAUAUUAUCUGGAUACUUUUGAUUUCAAAAUAGAAAGCUAACAAUCCUUUUUGCCCUUUUCUUUAACAAAGGGUAUGGUAUACCCUCACUCCUUUUGAGCCCUGGAUUUAACCAAACACACCAAGCCCUUCCCAGAUAUGGAGGUAUUUAAGGAGUGCAUGGUGACAGUAUUGGAGAAUUUGGCUACACUGACAAAUCUAUGGAUAGUAUAAUUGCUUCUGUCAAACAGGUAGGCCUACCUCUUAUUUUUUUGAAUAGGAAGAAAUAGGCUCCAACAGGGGCGCAACUUUGGUUUUAGAAGUGGGGGGGACAUAAUUGUUAUUUUUUAAUCCAGUCCGAUAAACAAUCCAAAACAGGAGACAUCUGCAUGGUCAUAAAGCACACCGUUGCCUCGUUUUGUACCCCCGUCCCCAGUGAAAGAUAUGCCCCUGGGCUCCAACAAAGCCCUCUUGUUGUUGUUGUUGUUGUUGUUGUUUUUUUUUUUUAGGGGGUAGAUCAGCUUUAAUAUUGCAGAAAGAUUGUAACUUCCAUCAAUGCAAUUGUCUGCAUCACUUCCAAUCCCCCAUAUAUUUUCUAGCAAAUAUAUAUACAGUACCAGUCAAAAAUGUGGACACACCUACUCAUCCAAGGGUUUUUCUUUAUUUUUACUAUUUUCUACAUUGUAGAAUAAUAGUGAAGACAUCAAAACUAUGAAAUAACACACAUGGAAUCAUGUAGUAACCAAAAAAGUGUUAAACAAAUCAAAAUAUAUUUUAUAUUUGAGAUUCUUCAAAUAGCCACCCUAUGCCUUGAUUUCAGCUUUGCACACUCUUGGCAUUCUCUCAACCAGCUUCACCUGGAAUGCUUUUCCAACAGUCUUGAAGGAGUUCCCACAUAUGCUUAGCACUUGUUGGCUGCUUUUCCUUCACUCUGCCGUCCGACUCAUCCCAAACCAUCUCAAUUGGGUUGAGGUCAGGGGAUUGUGGAGGCUAGGUCAUCUGAUGCAGCACUCCAUCACUCUCCUUCUUGGUAAAAUAGCCCUUACACAGCCUGGAGGUGUGUUGGGUCAUUGUCCUGUUGAAAAACAAAUGAUAGUCCCACUAAGCCCAAACCAGAUGGGAUGGCGUAUUCCUGCAGCUGUGGUAGCCAUACUGGUUAAGUGUGCCUUGAAUUCUAAAUAAAUCACAGACAGUAUCACCAGCAAAGCACCCCCACACCAUAACACCUCCUCCUUCAUUCUUUACGGUGGGAACUACACAUGCAGAGAUCAUCCGUUCACCCACACCGCGUCUCACAAAGACACGGCAGUUGGAACCAAAAAUCUGAAAUUUGGUGUCCAGACCAAAGGACACAUUUCCACCGGUUUAUGUCCAUUGCUUGUGUUUCUUGGCCCAAGCAGAGGUAACUCUGGGUCUUCCACUCCUGUGGUGGUCCUCAUGAGAGCCCCCAGGAUUUCAGUCCUUCACAGCGUAGUGUGUUACCAAUUGUUUUCUUGGUGACUAUGGUCCCAGCUGCCUUGAGAUCAUUGACAAGAUCCUCCCGUGUAGUUCUGGGCUGAUUCCUCACCGUUCUCAUGAUCAUUGCAACUCCACGAGGUGAGAUCUUGCAUGGAGCCCCAGGCCGAGGGAGAUUGACAGUUCUUUUGUGUUUCUUCCAUUUGCGAAUAAUCGCACCAACUGUUGUCACCUUCUCACCAAGCUGCUUGGCGAUGGUCUUGUAGCCCAUUCCAGCCUUGUGUAGGUCUACAAUCUUGUCCCUGACAUCCUUGGAGAGCUCUUUAGUCUUGGCCAUGGUGGAGAGUUUGGAAUCUGAUUGAUUGCUUCUGUGGACAGAUGUCUUUUAUACAGGUAACAAGCUGAGAUUAGGAGCACUCCCUUUAAGAGUGUGCUCUAAUCUCAGCUCGUUACCUGUAUAAAAGACACCUGGGAGCCAGAACUCUUUCUGAUUGAGAGGGGGUCAAAUACUUAUUUCCCUCAUUAAGAUGCAAAUCAAUUUAUAACAUUUUUGACAUGCGUUCUUCUGGAUUUGUUUGUUGUUAUUCUGUCUCUCACUGUUCAAAUAAACCUACCAUUAAAAUUAUACUGAUCAUUUCUUUGUCAGUGGGCAAACAUACAAAAUCAGCAGGGGAUCAAAUACUUUUUUCCCUCACUGUAGCUCUGGACUUCGUCACUGGCUUUCCCCCAUCUAACGGUAACCUCACCAUUUAUUGACAGGUUUUCCAAAAUGGCUCACUUCAUUCCCCUCUCCAAGCUCCCGUCCUCCAGGGAGACUGCGGACCUAUUAGUAUCCCAUGUGUUUAGUCUGCAUGGCAUCCCCACUGACAUUGUUUCCGACAGAGGACACCAGUUUACCUCCCAGGUAUGGAGAUCCUUCUGUCCAGCUCUUGGAAUCAAUGUCAGUUUUUCUUCUAGAUAUCACCCCCAGACCAACGGCCAGACCGAACGGUCCAACCAAGAGAUGGAGACUUCCCUACGCUGCGUGACUUCUGCUAACCCUUCCUCCUGGAGCGCUCAGCUAACCCUGGGUUGAAUAUGCACACAACACCCUCACCAACACCUCGUCAGGUAUGUCACCCUUUGAGUGUGCUCUGGGUUACCAACCCCCCUUGUUCCCCGCCCAAGAGGUUGAGGUUGCGGUUCCCUCUGUCCAGGACCAUCUGCACCAUUGUCACCGUAGCUGGAGGAAGGCCCGGGCUGCCCUUCUUCGUGCCUCCGACAGGACCCAGUCCCAAGCUAACCGUCGCUGGGCCUCAGCUCCCGUCUACACCCUGGGUCAAAAGGUAUGGCUCUCAUCGAAGGUCCUGCCAUUGAAGGUGGCAUCAAAGAAACUUUCCCCCCGAUUCAUUGGUCCCUUUGAAAUUGACCGUGUUAUUAACCCCUCUGCGGCGUGCCUGAAACUCCCAGCCUCUCUCAGGAUCCAUCCUACCUUCCACGUAUCCCUGAUUAAACCUGUCUCCUCCUGCAGCAGCUCCUCCACCCCCUCGGCUCAUCGAUGACCUUCCUGCCUGUACCGUCCGGUGGCUUCUGGACGUGCUCCGUCGUGGCUGGCAGUACCUGGUGGACUGGGAGGGAGACGGGCCUGAGGAGCGCUGCUGGGUGCCCCGCCGUCACAUUCUGGACCCCUCCCUCUUACGGGAUUUCUAUACCUCACACCCAGACAAGCCUGCUCAGGCACCAGGUGGCGCCCGUAGAGGGGGGGUACAGUCACAUCUGCUCCUGCAACGCACUCUACUGCUCAUCCUGUGUCUCCUUGACCUGCCGCCACUCCCCCAGUACCCUCUCCCUCUCUCUCGCUGUGGGUGUGGCGACAGGUGUGCUGGAGUCAGAGCAGAUCCCCACCAGCUGCAACCUGUUCCAUAAGCAAGACCUCUACAAAUACUCAGUCCUGCCACUUCCACACUGCCAGAUUGUAAUCUCUGCUCAGUCAGUCUACGCUUCUAGCAGUUUGUUACUAUUCAUAUCCUGUUGUGCCUGUUUUCCUUGCCUGACGCUGUUUUCCUCUCCGCUACAGUUCUGCCGCUCCAACUCUGGUCCCUGUCUCCAGUCCCACGCCUCGUCAUCCUGCUACUCUGUCCUGGAUUUCCCACUCUACUACUCCCUUGGAUUCAACCUCCGGAACGCCUCCCCCUGUCACAACCCCCCUCACUCCAGCCUCAACCUCCACACCUGGUUUCCAGCAGUUUCCCCUGACCUGCACUCCAUCUUCCCCCUGUGUUUCAAUAAAUACUUUGGUUUCUUCAUCCCAGUCUCCUCGUCUGAGUCUGCUCUUGGGUUCCCCUGUUCCACUCCGCGUAACAUAAUCAUUGGCCAGUACAGAGAAUAAAGUAAAACCACAAGUCCAAAUCCCUAUCUCCAUCCAUGGCAAAUUUAGGAAAGGGCCAAUUUUUGCUAGCUAGUCACUGGAGGACAACAAUAAAACGAGCUGCAACAAUUCAAGUUGUUUCUGUCAAUAAUAUAUGCUCUCAAUGCAAUUUGAUAGGAGUGACACCAAAUCCAAACUGGCUUCCCUUUUUUUUUCUUUUUUUUUGGUGCGCCAGGACCAUUCACAGUUGAGCUCACUCAACGUUGAUUGGCUAUUAUUUUAUACUUUUACAAAAAUAUCAAGGGAGGCCAAAUGCAAUUUGGCUUCCCUUGCAUUCAAUGCUAUGUCGACAACCAUGUCAUACUAUUUUGGACCAGACCGCAUCAGAUAGAUGGCCUACACAUACAGCAACAGAGGGGCGCUGUUUUGCUCGCUCGGAUGCAUUCUCCAGUGAGAUGCGUUCAGCCUCUUGCGAAUUGAAGGAAAAUUAUGAAACACAGAGACUAAAUAUAAUUAUUUUAUUUAUUUUUUGGUCAAUUUUUUGGGGGAAGCCUGGCUUCCCUUGGCAUCCAUGAAUACAUGCCACUGGUUAUAUAGCAAUAGUGCCCACUCUGGUCUUGGCAUGUGCGCUCUAGCCAACAGUUUGCAGAUACAGUGCGGGUAGCCUACUACAUGAUGAGAUUAUUAUGGACAAAAGAGCUAGAUUAUUUGUCAAACGGCAGCCAAGCAUUGAUCAUCAUGUCACCAGAAUAAGACCCUUGACAUUUAUUGGAAAGGAGUAAUUUAUUCAUUUUGGAGGUAUUUGACCCAGUUGUUAGAAACAUGAAUACUUAAAUAGGCCUACAUUUUGUCAAUCUGACAUAAUCAUUUCUAACAGUGUUUGAAUAACAAAAGUAAAUUAAGUAAAUCUGUAAUAUUAAUUUUAAGUAAAAAAUAACCUGUUUCCAUUAGGUGUAACUACUGUACAACAUUUAAUGAAGUAGUUUUUAAUGAAAAAGUUGUUGCACUUUCACCACCCUGUGAAGUACAUCAUUUUUUUCUUCUGUAGCCUAAAAUGGCAUGAUUUCCUGAGUCAUCACGUGACUCCAAAUUUACUUCAAUGUUAUGUUUUUUAGGCUAUUUGCACAUAAAGGCGUUUCCACCACCAUUUAUUUUCUCGCAUAAUUAAUUUUACUGACACAAAGAUCCCACCAUGUCGAACAAACUAAUUAUCUGUCAGCAUUUAUAAAAUUGUACCGAAACUACCUGUUCCCUCAAAGCUGUUGUGAUUUUUUUUUAUAUGUUAUUACUUUACUCGCAUAAAAACUGUGGGUGGAAACGACCUCCAUACAAAAACUCCUCGCUUGGUGAGCGGAAAGAACGCCACCUGCUGGAGAAGAUAGAUUUUGGGCCCAGUUAUCCCUCUCCCUUCGCCUCAAGCACUGAAAAUGUAGGCUAGACAGCAGGCAAAACAAAACGCAUAUGCAUCUGGUGGACAUCGGGCAUACAUUGGCUUUAACAAUGCGGACGCCUCACUUCUGCUGAAGCUGCAUCACAGUAAAUGCUUUAAAGCCAAUUUAUGCUUGAUCUGGAAAUGCGAGGUAAAUGCUGGAAAUCCUGUGGGGGCCACUGCAGAUGUCAGAUUGACCAUGUAGAGCCUUUUACAGUAUUGUGAAAAGGAAUUCGACUAAAAGUCAGCUACACGUCACGAGAUAGGAACGAAUGUUACUUACUUCAUGUUCCGCUGGGGAUGGACUUUUCAGUACACUGUUUAGCAAAACAUGUCCACGAGACGCUUCUAAAAAUCAAAACAUCAUUUAUCAUUCAAUAAUAUAUUACAUAGCUAUCAGACUGGUUUAUGAUUUAUGCAAUAAGCCACUUACGUCGGAAGUAUUCGCGUUCCUGGUAUUAGAUCAAUGAUUUAUGCAUUGUUGUAGCAAUAUCUUUUGAGAAAAUUGUCUAGCCCGUAACUGCAACAAUUCAACUCCUGACAGUGAGUAUUUCCCGCCACCACAUCAUUGAAUUGCUAAUGACAUUCUUCUUGCUGGCUGGCUAGUUAAAUCAUUACUUGCAAUUAGUCUUGCAUGUAGUUUUUAUGUAGUUUGACUUUGAAAGCUAUUUUCUCAUGAUGUUGUUUGCAAGAAUGUGCCUAGAAACUAAGUGGGCGUGUACGGUUUACAAAACAGUUCAAUGUAGUUGUGAGUUAUAAUAUUUUAUUACAUGUUUUAUUUAUUUCACCUUUAUUUAACCAGGUAGGCCAGUUGAGAACAAGUUCUCAUUUACAACUGCGACCUGGCCAAGAUAAAGCAAAGCAGUGCGAUAAAAACAACAACACAGAGUUACACAUGGGAUAAACAAAACAGUCAAUAACACAAUAGAAAAUCUAUAUACAGUGUGUGCAAAUGUAAGUUAUGGAGGUAAGGCAAUAAAUAGGCCAUAGUGCAAAAUAAUUACAAUUUAGUAUUAACACUGGAGUGAUAGAUGUGCAGAAGAUGAUGUGCAAAUAAAUAUACUGGGGUGCAAAUGAGCAAAAUAAAUAACAAUAUCGGGAUGAGGUAGUUGGGUGGGCUAAUUACAGAUGGGCUGGGUACAGGUGCAGUGAUCUGUAAGCUGCACUGACAACUGAUGCUUAAAGUUAGUGAGGGAGAUAAGAGUCUCCUGCUUCAGAGAUUUUUGCAGUUCGUUCCAGUCAUUAGCUGCAGAGAACUGGAAGGAAUGGCGGCCAAAGGAGGUGUUGGCUUUGGGGAUGACCAGUGAGAUAUACCUGCUGGAGCGUAUACUACGGGUGGGUGUUGCUAUGGUGACCAAUGAGCUAAGAUAAGGCAGGGAUUUGCCUAGUAGAGAUUUAUAGAUGACCUGGAGCCAGUGGGUUUGGCGACGAAUAUGUAGUGAGGGCCAGCCAACGAGAGCGUACAGGUCACAAUGGUGGGUAGUAUAUGGGGCUUUGGUGACAAAACGGAUGGCACCGUGAUAGACUACAUCCAAUUUGCUGAGUAGAGUGUUGGAGGCUAUUUUGUAAAUGACAUCGCCGAAGUCAAGGAUCGGUAGGAUAGUCAGUUUUACGAGGGCAUGUUUGGCAGCAUGAGUGAAGGAGGCUUUGUUGCGAAAUAGGAAGCCGAUUCUAGAUUUAACUUUGGAUUGGAGAUGCUUAAUGUGAGUCUGGAAGGAGAGUUUACGGUCUAACCAGACACCUAGGUAUUUGUAGUUGUCCACAUAUUCUAAGUCAGACCCGCCGAGAGUAGUGAUUCUAGUCGGGCGGGAAGGUGCAAGCAGCGUUUGAUUGAAGAGCAUGCAUUUAGUUUUACUAGCGUUUAAGAGCAGUUGGAGGCUAUGGAAGGAGUGUUGUAUGGCAUUGAAGCUCGUUUGGAGGUUUGUUAACACAAUGUCCAAUGAAGGGCCAGAUGUAUACAAAAUGGUGUUGUCUGUAUUAAAGUCUGUGUGGCACUGACACAUUGCUGUACAGUGCAUUCUCUUUCAAUGUAACGUUAACAGUUAUAGUAACGUUACAGUAUUUCCCUUCUAAUAACUAGAGGCCGAAUUCUUUGAGAAUAUCCAGUCCACCUCUGGGGAUAUCUUCCCCAUGACUAGUGUAAAGGCUAUAAUUGUAAUACCCGGAUGUAGUAUGUAUACCAGUGGUGGUAAAGGCCAGGUGAUGUCAAUAACUUGCCCUAUAUAUGUGGCCCCUAACCACAGUUCUAGGAUCAGCCUUUUCUCUCAAUCCUAAACAUAAUAUUAUUCACUUGAUGGGAAGGCAAAACUGACUUUAGAUCAGUGACCAAUUGUUCCUUUGAUUGUAAAGCUGACAACCAUGGGCCUCCUGUUGCUGACUAAUGACCAUGACCAAUCAACGUUGACCUCUCACCCUUUCUCUCACCUCUCGCAGAUCAGAAAUGUCACUGGAGAAUCAGCACGGGAAAUGGACACUCUCCAGCAGCGAUGACGACAACGAUGACCCACGCCCUUCUGCCUCAAACAACAACCCCCCGCCUGACCAACACACAUCUUCAGACUCCAACCACAACUCCCCCAAGAUAGCCUCCUACUUCCACCAACCCAAACAUGAUCCUGAUCUUCCACCUUCCAUAGAGGUGAAACCUGAACCUAAAUCUGACCCAGUGACUGCCGCCCCCCCCCUCUCUAUUGGCUCUGAGGCCAGACAGGCAUCACAGGCCAGCCAAUUGAAGCCAGUAAAGUAUGAAUCCAACCAAUCCAGCCCCUUUCUGGCUGGUAAGAGGAAGAAGGUUGAUGAUUCAAUUUCCGGCUGGGCUCUCUCAGAAAGUGAUGAUGAUGAUGAUGAUAAGGCUAAAGGUCAAAGUUCAGGACAGAAAGACCCGCCUCCCAAGAGGUUGAGCCCCAAGCCGAAGAAGGUAAAGGUGGAGGAAAGGCCUCCCAGCCCCCAUGGUAGAACCUACUACAUUGACGAACCGGAUGACUUCUUUGAGACUAGCGUGCCUCCUGUCAAUGACACCUACAGGUUCUACCUCAACAAGGUCACAGGGUUGGAAAAGAGGUACAACACUGGGGCUUUGCACAUCAAAGGUGAAUUAAUACUCUCUCUGCUCUCAUUUCUGUGUUGACAGUAGAGACUUCUAUGUUUCCCAAGGUAAUCGUCAAUGUUUUUGUGUCCUUAUUUCAGAAAUCCUCUCUCCUUUGUUCGGGACACUGAAGGAAUCUGUGCAGGUAUGAGAUCAUUGAGAUGCACUAGUACUGAAAUAUGUUGCUCGGUUGACUGAAGGAGAUGAAAGCAGGUUUGCCUAUUUUAGUUACGUUAUCUGUCCUUUCUUUUGUAGUUCAACUACUGCUUUGACAUUGCCUGGAUGUUGCAGCAGUACCCACCUGAGUUCAGGUAAUGCCCUACUCUUUGUUAAGCUCAAACUCUAUACAGCAGACAACCAUCAGAUUCAGUGCCAACACCCCCAGAACAAACUCAUCGGAAAAUAAACACCCGUGGCCUAAAUUGCAAUUCAUAUCAGUCCGAUGUGGUCCUGAUAUAUAUAAUUACGAUUUUAAAAAAAAAGAAGGUGACCCCAGAAAGCCAGAUGGAGAUGUGUCAAUUAGACGUUCAUUCAUAUUGAUCUAUCAUUCAGAUAUAUUAAGCCUAAUAUUACUAUAGCUAGGUUUCCAUCCAAUUGACGACAUAUUUCAUGCAAAUAUUUUAAAAUCCGCAAAAAAACAAUAUACACCUUUUCCUACCAGAGAUGUUUCCAUCAAAUUGACUUGUUGCAGAUAAAAGGCUGUGCGUGAUGACAUAGUGCACAUAAAAAUACCUUUUGCAGUUAAAUGACCAUGUUUUUUUAUUUUAUUUAUUUCAUCUUUAUUUAACCAGGUAAGCCAGUUGAGAACAAGUUCUCAUUUACAACUGCGACCUGGCCAAGAUAAAGCAAAGCAGUGCGAUAAAAACAACAACACUGAGUUACAUAUGGGGUAAACAAAACGUACAGUCAAAAACACAAUAGAAAAUCUAUAUACAGUAUGUGCAAAUGUAGUAAGUUAUGGAGGUAAGGCAAUAAAUAGGUCAUAGUGCAAAAUAAUUACAAUUUAGUAUUAACACUGGAGUGAUAGAUGUGCAAAAGAUGAUGUGCAAAUAGAGAUACUGGGGUGCAAAUGAGCAAAAUAAAUAAUAUGGGGAUGAGGUAGUUGGGUGGGCUAAUUACAGAUGGGCUGUGUACAGGUGCAGUGAUCGGUAAGCUGCUCUGACUACUGAUGCUUAAAGUUAGUGAGGGAGAUAAGUCUCCAGCUUCAGAGAUUUUUGCAGUUCGUUCCAGUCAUUGGCAGCAGAGAACUGGAAGGAAUGGUGGCCAAAGGAGGUGUUGGCUUUGGGGAUGACCAGUGAGAUCAAAUCACAUUGUAUUUGUCACAUACACGUGGUUAGCAGAUGUUAUAGCGGGUGUAGCAAAAUGCUUGUGCUUCUAGCUCCGACAUUGUAGUAAUAUCUAACAAUUUCACAACAUAUACCCAAUACACACAAAACUAGUAUGGAAUGGGAUUUAAGAAUAUAUACAUAUAUGGACAAGCAAUGACAGAGCAGCAUGGACUAAGAUACAGUAGAAUAUUAUAGAAUAGAAUUCAGUAUAUACAUAUGAGAUGAGUAGUGCAAGAUAUGUAAACAUUAUAAACAUUAUUGUAAACAUAUACCUGCUGGAGCGCAUACUAAGGGUGGGUGCUGCUAUGGUGACCAAUGAGCUAAGAUAAGGCGGGGAUUUGCCUAGCAGUGAUUUAUAGAUGACCUGGAGCCAGUGCGUUUGGCGACGAAUAUGUAGUGAGGGCCAGCCAACGAGAGCGUACAGGUCCCAAUGGUGGGUAGUAUAUGGGGCUUUGGUGACAAAACGGAUGGCACCGUGAUAGACUACAUCCAAUUUGCUGAGUAGAGUGUUGGAGGCUAUUUUGUAAAUGACAUCGCCAAAGUCAAGGAUCGGUAGGAUAGUCAGUUUUACGAGGGCAUGUUUGGCAGCAUGAGUGAAGGAGGCUUUGUUGCGAAAUAGGAAGCCGAUUCUAGAUCUAACUUUGGAUUGGAGAUGCUUCAUGUGAGUCUGGAAGGAGAGUUUACAGUCUAACCAGACACCUAGGUAUUUGUAGUUGUCCACAUAUUCUAAGUCAGACCUGCCGAGAGUAGUGAUUCUAGUCGGGCGGGCAGGUGCAAGCAGCGUUCGAUUGAAGAGCAUGCAUUUAGUUUUACUAGCGUUUAAGAGCAGUUGGAGGCUACGGAAGGAGUGUUGUAUGGCAUUGAAGCUCGUUUGGAGGUUUGUUAACACAGUGUCCAAUGAAGGGCCAGUUGUAUACAAAAUGGUGUCGUCUGCGUAAAGGUGGGUCUGAGAGUCACCAGUAGCAAGAGCGACAUCAUUGAUAUACACAGAGAAUAGAGUCGGCCCGAGAAUUGAACCCUGUGGCACCUCCAUAGAGACUGCCAGAGGUCCAGACAACAGGCCCUCCGAUUUGACACAUUGAACUCUAUCUGAAAAGUAGUUGGUGAACCAGGCGAGGCAGUCAUUUGAGAAACCAAGGCUAUUUAGUCUGCCAAUAAGAAUGCGGUGGUUGACAGAGUCGAAAGCCUUGGCCAGGUCGAUGAAGAUGGCCGCACAGUACUGUUUUUUAUCGAUCGCGGUUAUAAUAUUGUUUAGGACCUUGAGCGUGGCUGAGGUGCACCCAUGACCAGCUCGGAAACCAGAUUGCAUAGCGGAGAAGGUACGGUGUACCAAAUUAAAAAUACAAGUUAAAUGGGUUUCCAUCACAUUUUCAAAUCGACUGAUGGUUAUCUCACAAAGAGUGUUGUGUUAUAUAGUGAGUGUGCCCACUCCAGUAUUGGCACAUGCGCUCUAACUAACAGCACGUAUAGCCUACAUGAGAUUAUUAUGGACUAAAGAGCAAAAUUAUUUUUAUUUGUCAAAUGGCAACCAAGUACGAUGAUCAUUUCACCAGAAUAAGACCCUUGAUAUUUAUUGGAAAGGAGCAUCAAGCUCCUCAACUUGCACUUUCACCACCCUGUGAAGUUCAUCAUAAUUAAUUUAAUCUGUAGCCUAAUAAACUGCAUGCUUUCACGACGAGUAGUAGUGGGAGGACCACACAACAUGUCAUUGUAUGACUCCAAGUUUACUUCGAUAUGAUGGUUAUUAUAUCAAUAUUUACGCAUAAAAGCGCUUCCACUGACCUUUCUCACAUUAUUCAUUUUACCAACACUAACAUCCCACCUUGUGGGACAUUUGGAAAGUUUACAGACAUGUUCUGUUUCCAUCAGGCCUGUCAUGACGUUUUUUAUACGACAUGUACUUUACUUGCAUAAAAAGGUUGGAUGGAAGCCUGGUUAAUGCUGCAGGAAAUGUACCUGUCACAAGAAAAAAAGUUACCAGCUAAGAUGAUACAUACAUUGUGAAAUGCGCUCCAUACUGAGAUGCGCUGUCUUUCCCCACCCUUUCCCCACGUGGCACCAACGAUAUGCUUUGGGAACAAACCCACACUCUGGCCGAACCGACAAGAGGCCGAACCGACAAGAAAAUCAAAUUUCAACCAACGGCCUCCAACCAGUGGAGGCUCCUCAGAGGAGGAAAGGGAGGACCAUCCUCCUCAGUGAAUUUCAUAAAAAUAGUGAAACAUUAUAGUUAUCCUUUUCAGAUAAAACUAUACUAAAUAUAUUCACGUCAGCAAAUAAUUGAUUAAAACACAUUGUUUUGCAAUGGUCAACAAUAGCCUCAAUAGCACUCUCUACGGUAGUACCAUUGUUUAGCCGGAGGACAGCUAGUUUCCAUCCUCCAUAGACUUACACAGUAAUUAUGACACCUUCCGGAGGACGUUCUCCAACCCAUCAGCUCUUGUCCACCCAAUCAAAGGAUCAGAGAAUGAAUCUUGUACUGAAAGCAUAAGCUACAGCUAGCCAGCACUGUAAUGCAUACAAUGUGGUGAGUAGUUGACUCAGAGAGAGGAAGACAAUAGUUGAAGAGUUUUUAACAAAUUAAUUUCUUAACAAAUUAAGGAGAAGCAAGAAAGAGCGAGAGCUAGCUAUAUUUAGUAUUUUGUCACUUUCACGUUCACUUACUUAGAUAGCUAAUGCAGCUAGCUAGUUUAACCCUACUCAAACACCCGGCUCAAACAGAGAGGGAUGCUAUGUUACUUAGCUGGCUAUGGCUAUCCAACACUGGAACUCUUCCAAGUCAAGGUUAGGGCUGUUGCAGUGACAGUAUUACCGCCACACCAGCAGUCAUUACUCAAAUUCUACGUGACCUUUGAGUCUCGGUAAUCUCCUCUUAUGCACUCUGGACAUGAGUUAGUAGUACCCAACUCGCUAACGAUCAUCAGGUCGCUAAUGGCCUGAUACUCAGGGCUCUAUUGUCCCUCUAACCACUCUGACAUCAAUGCAAAUGCUCUCGAAAAUCACAUCAAACAGUUAUCUUCAAAACAGUAUGUGCUUUUAAAAAAUAAUCUCACUGUGAUUGAUUAAUUUGAAGAAAGAAGUUCAACAGCAGGUUGAAACAGUGUAAAACAUGGUCUUUGUGGAUGUUGUUUCAAAGCCUAACACAACGAAAUAGACAGUGCUUUCUAAGUUGAUGAUUAAUUCAAAACAUCCAUAUGCAUAUUAGAGCUUAUGCAUACGCAUAGGCCUAUAUAUGAGCCCAUGCCCCCAAAAAAGUAACAACCCUGAAUAUAAAUAAUUUUUAUUGAAGAUACUUUUGUAUAUACAGUGUAUGUGGACUCCCCUUCAAAUUAGUGGAUUCGGCAAUCUAAGCCACACCCGUUGCUGACAGGUGUAUGAAAUCGAGCACACAGCCAUGCAAUCUCCAUAGCCAAACAUUGGAAGUAGAAUGGCCUUACUGAAGAGCUCAGUGACUUUCAACGUGGCACCGUCAUAGGAUGCCGCCUUUCCUACAAGUCAGUUUGUCAAAUUUCUGCCCUGCUAUAGCUGCCCCGGUCAACUGUAAGUGCUGUUAUUGUGAGGUGGAAACGUCUAGGAGCAACAACAGCUCAGCCGCGAAGUGGUAGGCCACACAAGCUCACAGAACGGGACCGCCAAGUGCCGAUGCGCCUAGCAUGUUAAAAUCAUCUGUCCCCGGUUGUAACACUCACCUCCGAGUUCCAAACGGCCUCUGGAAGCAACGUCAGCACAAGAACAUGAAAUGGGUUUCCAUGGCCGAGCAGCUGCACACAAGUCUAAGAUCACCAUGCGCAAUGCCAAGCGUAGGCUGGAGUGGUGUAAAGCUCGCCGCCAUUGGACUCUGGAGCAGUGGAAACGUGUUCUCUGGAGUGAUAAAUCACGCUUCACCAUCUGGCAGUCCGACGGACGAAUCUGGGUUUGGCGGAUGCCAGGAGAACGCUACCUGCCCCAAUGCGUAGUGCCAACUGUAAAGUUUGGUGGAGGAGGAAUAAUGGUCCGGGGCUGAUUUUCAUGGUUCGGGCUAGGCCCCUUCAUUCCAGUGAAGGGAAAUCUUAAUGCUACCACAUAUGAUGACAUUCUAGACGAUUCUGUGCUUCCAACUUUGUGGCAACAGUUUGGGGAAGGCCCUUUCCAGUUUCAGCAUGACAAUGCCCCUGUGCACAAAGUGAGGUCCAUAUAGAAAUGUUUUGUUGAGUUCGGUGUGGAAGACUGGCCUGCACAGAGCCCUGACCUCAACCCCAUCGAACACCUUUGGGAUGAAUUGGAACGCCGACUGCGAACCAGGCCUAAUCGCCAACAUCAGUGCCCAACCUCACUAAUGCUCUUGUGGCUGAAUGGAAGCAUGUCCCCGCAUUAAUGUUCCAACAUCUAGUGGAAAGCCUUCCCAGAAGAGUGGAGGCUGUUAUAGCAGCAAAGAGGGGACUAACUCCAUUCCAUUUUGGAAGGAGAUGUUCAACGAGCAGGUGUCCACAAACGUUUGACCAUGUAAUGUACUGUAUUCUAGUCAAGGCUCAUCCUAUAUAACUACUGCUGUACAGACCUUUUCAAUUCAUAUAAUGUCCAUAAUGUCUACACAAAUACAUAUAUAUUUAUAUUCCAGACUCUGACAUUGCUCGUUCUAAUAUUUCUAUAUUUCUUUAUUCCUUUCUAUUUUGGAUUUGCGUGUAUUAUUUUGUAUUGUUAGGUAUUAGGAACAUAAGCAUUUCGCUACACCCGUGAUAACAUCUGCAAAGUAUGUGAACGCGACCAAUAAAAUGUGAUGUGAUGUGUAUAAACCCUGCUCCUAUUACUGUUGGUGAUGCCCUGUCCUGUCUGUUCUACAGAGAUAGGCCUGUUCUAAUUGUCCACGGAGACAAGAGAGAGGCCAAGGCCCGUCUGCUGCAGCAAGCCCAGCCCUACAGCCAAGUCCGCUUCUGCCAGGUAACACAUCUCUCUAACCUUCUUCUCCUUUUUCCUCCUCUCCUCUGCAAUCACUCUCUUUUUUUACUUGCCCUUCUUCCGGCUUCCCCUCUUCUCUCAACUUCCCCUCUUGCCGCCUUCUCUUCCACUGUCCUCUUGCCCUUGUUUCCCAUGUAAAUAUUCACAACAUUCAGUGUCAUGUUGUAAUUUACACCAUAGCCCACCAGAGGGAGUCAUUGAUAAAAGAGACAUUGACUCACAACAUAAACUCAAACGAAUCAAAUCGACUUAGCCUAUUUCUUCUGCUCCAUUCUCCUAAUCUUUCAUUCCUGACCUCUUUUGAGGUAUUAUUUAAAUCACACAGUCUUCUGUAAAAGUUUUUGAAGUUAAGUAAUUUACCUAAUCGCCAAAAAGCAGCCUCUUACUGCUAGCCAGCCAACUAUAGUGCAUUAUCCUAAUGAGCCAUCCUGGUGCCUCAGCUGUGUUCAAUUGGAUUUACUGUCUGUCUCCUAACAGGCCAAACUGGAUAUUGCCUUCGGAACACACCACACGUAA